UCAGCAGCAGCGAGCGCUCGAGGCUCUCUCUGGAGGAAGAUCGCGAGCCAGCGCCAGCGUCCAGCUUUCGUUCAGAGCCAUGGAGGAGUCGAGCAGCUGACGGUUCCUUCACCUUCUCUUUCCACGCGCUCCUUCGUACGCUCAUCGAUCCGGUGUUGGUGCUAUUAACGAGUUUCCCCACAUCGACGCGCGUCUGACUCGGUUUGAGGAUGAAGUUCAUCAUCGGGAUCGGAGGGGUCACGAACGGUGGCAAAACGACACUGACGGACCGGCUGAUCAAGAGCCUGCCUAACUGCUGUGUGGUCCAUCAGGAUGACUUCUUCAAGCCCCAAGAUGAGAUCGAAGUUGAUGAAGAUGGCUUUAAGCAGUACGAUGUCAUCAGCGCUCUGGACAUGGACGCCAUGAUGAGCACCAUCCACGCCUGGCAGCACGACCCCGUCAAGUUCGAGCGAUCCCACGGCGUCAACAACUCGCUGGACUCGGAGAUGCUCCCGCGCGCUCCGGACGAAGGCGUUCACGUCCUGAUCGUGGAGGGGUUUCUGCUCUACACCUACAGACCGUUGAUCGAUGUGUUCAACCAACGAUACUUUAUUUCCAUUCCAUACGAAGAGUGCAAAAAGAGGAGGAGUUCAAGGAACUAUUCCGUGCCGGACCCACCCGGUCUGUUCGACGGACACGUGUGGCCCAUGUAUGUCAAACACACUAAGAUCAUGGAAGACUCCGGGGUUGAUGUCGUGCAACUAAAUGGAGCCAUGUCCAAGGAACAGCUGUACAACACUGUGUACGGAAGCAUUCUGAACCGCAUCCAGAACAAUCUGCCCUGAACAAAGAUCUGUUGAUCGGCUUCUGGAGGGAGCAGCUUCGCAUCGCCUCCUGCGUUUGCUCCGGCCCCGACAGCGUCUGCAUAGCUGUUGCUUUUAUAUCACCUUUUAUAUCCUCUGUAUUUAUUGCUUCUCCAGCUGUCAUAAGGCUGCGUCUGUAUCAACAUCAGGAUGAUGGAGAACGUUCGGAGCAUGGUUGCAGCUACAAGCACAAGCAAAUAAAGAGAAGCUCCUGCGA